GCUGCUGGCUGCUGGAGGAAACAGGAGCAGAGGAGACCGACCAGCACUCUGCGCAGGCCCAGGCCCGUGGCUGAGCGCAGCAGCUGAGCACAGCUUUGGGGUCCCCAUCCCACACAGGGUUGGCAGGCGGGCGAUGGUCCCACUCGGCAGCACCCCCCGAGCCGUCUGCACCUCCGGCCGCGAUGUCUCCCCGCUGCGUUUGCUGAACCGGGGCCCCGAGUCCCUGCGGGCGCAGCUGGCGGGGGGCAGCGGGGGCCGCACACCCAGCGCCGUGGAGCGGCUGGAAGCAGACAAAGUGAAGUACGUCAAAUCGCAGCAGGUCAUCAACAGCCGGCAGGAGCCGGCACUGCGAGGCUGCUCUCCCUGCUGCUCGCCCCGCGGCCGACGCCUGCUCGCCCUGCAGCGGUGCCACGAGCUCUGCCACGGCUCGGACCUGAGCUGUGACGGCAGCCGCAAAGCGCCCUGUCCUUCAUCCCCUGUGCCGCGGAGGGGAGGUGGCAGCAGGCGCCUGCUGAGACCCGACUCGCUCGUCAUAUACCGGCAGAAGCGGGACUGCCCAGUGAUCAACAAGGAGAACACCAAGGGCUACGGGCUGGUGCGACGCCUCUUCCAGGGGCCGCUCAGGGACAAACCCCCCAGCUCUCCCUCGGCCCAGGGGUCGGAUAAAGCCCCCGAGAGCCCCAUGCUGUGGGUGUCCAUGGAGCAAGCGGAAGAUGUGCGGACGCCGGGUGCCGGCGGCAGCAGCAGCAGCACCGUCCCAAUGCCUGACAGCCCCGUGCCGCAGCCCCCAGAAGCCCCCAGCCUAGCCCAGCCCCCUGCCUCCCCCAGCCCCAGCAAACCGGCACUUGGCCUGCGCCUAUCCCUGCCGCUUUCAGAGAAGGAGAGGUUCUUCAAUUACUGUGGGCUGGACCGGGCCAUGGUGGAAGGGCUGGGGAAGGAGAGGUUUGUGCCAGCAGGAUGGGACGCUGCCUCGGCGCGGCUCCACGGCUCCUGCGAGUGGGAACCCAGCCAGGCCUCGGGGUGCAGCGGAGAGGAUGCGGGGCCAGGUGAGGAGGAGCCGGACACACGGCUCUGCUCCGCCAUUUCGGUGGUGGAGCGCAAUGCCCGUGUCAUCAAAUGGCUCUAUGGCUGCCAGCGGGCUUGGGCGGCCGCCAAGGAAUCCACAGUCUGAAAAGAAGCACCCCAGCCAGCCACGUGUGGGUCUAGGUGGAUGAUAUGGCUCCUUGCUCUUGCUGGAUAUGGCCUGGGGACUGACCCUGACACUACGGUGCUGCUUGCAGGCCAGCAGAGACAGCAACUCUACCCUGAGCAGAGACAAGGUCUGCCCACAGAAGGGAUAUGUGGUCUACCCCUUGGAUAUGCAGCCCACCAAUAGCUGCUUUUUGAGGUGUGGGUGCAUGGCUGAGUGUGGUGGGGUGUCCAGGGACCUUCUUUGGGUGAGCCCGGCUUCAGCUACGGUGGCUGGAAGGCUGCUGUUCCUUGCUGGGUCCCUACCUCUUGGUCUUCCCUGUUUCUGAUUGUGGUCUAGGAUGGCAGCCUUCUCCCUAUCAGCCUCAAUGGGAAAGGGGCUGCUAGGAUGGGAGCAGGACUCAAUAAAUCUGUGGUUUUCUUCUA